AUGAGCUUCACGGACUCCGAUCGAGACCCUUGGGCCCUUAACGAGACAGAGAAAAAGCGGUCAUGGAGGGUGAUAGAAUAUGGACUGAGACGAGAACCUUGGGGGCAUUUGAUGAGGGAUAUUGAAAAUCGUCUUCGCUUCUCUGGUCAUACACUGAGGAGACCAGGAGAUCGUCUUGUUCAACGAGUUCUGAAGAGUUUGUCGGGUUCAAGCUGGAAGAGGCCACCUGGCCGAAAACGGAAGUUCUGGACUGAGGUGGUGAAAGAGGACUUGAGGACACUCGGCGUGGAUAGGCAGUUCAGGCGAGACGUAAAGUUUCGCAGAAUAUGGAAUAGCGACGAAUAG